AGGAAACUGAGGCAACCAGGGUUAAGUGACUUGUGGAGAGGCACACAGCUAAGUGCCUGAGGUUGUGUUUGAACUCAGUCAGGUGUUUCCACUCUAGACCUGGUGCUCUAUCCAUUGUGCCACCUAGUGUCCUUAAUGGGUACAGCACUUUGCAAUUUAUCCCCUUUUCUCUUCCCAAUAGCCCAUGAAGGAGGAAAUAAUACUGAUUCCUUACAUUUCUGUGGUACUUUAAGGUUUACCUUUUGUGUGUGUGUGUGUGUAGUUAUUAUCUCCAUGAGGAAACAGAUUUAGAGAAAUGGAGUGUCUUUUUCACAAGGCUUUUACAUUGGUUAUAGGAGCACAGAUGUAGAACUGGAAAGACACCCCAGAAGUCAGUCCAACUGCCUCAUUUUACAGAUGAGGAAACUGAGGCUCACAGAGCUUUAGAUUGCUGAUUCAUACCAUUGGCUUCCUGGUUUCUUCAUUAAUGGAACUGAAAGCUGGGAUGCCAGAGUCCCUGGCUGGGAAUAGGGCCUGGUGAAACCUUGGGGAGUGCCUCCAGGCCAUGCCAAGAGGGAGGAGAGGACAGAUAGAAAACUCACUGAUGCUACUGGGAUUUCACAGUGCAUGGGGGAUACCUACCUCCUCUUCAUUAUGAGUUUAGCAGAGUAAAAGCCAGGUAGGAAAAAUUAAUUCAAGAGAGGGGAAGUAACUUAUUUGUGGCAAUACACACAAAAGCUCUCCUGCAUCAUGGCUUCCUCAAAGCUCCAAGACACCGAGGAGGUUUUUGACCUGGACUCAGUGAUCCCAGAGACAGUCAGACUGGACAGCAGCCUUCAUAAGGCCCGGGCCCAGUUGCUGGCCAAGGGCAGGCGCCACCGGCCAUCUCGUUCUCGGCUACGGGACAGUGCCAGCUCAGCUGAAGAGGGCGAUGGCCCAGAAGGGCCAGGGGUCAAGGUGACAGAUGGCUGUGGGAGCCCCCUCCACCGGUUGCGCUCGCCGCUUCAUUCGGGCCCGGGGUCUCCCCCCGGGGGGCCCUUCACCUUGGAGCCUCCAGGGUUGCGGCGGAGCCUGGACGAAGACGAACCACCACCCUCACCCCGCACGCGCUACCGGCCCCUACACAAUGCGGCCUCCCACGAGGCUCUCGCUGCUGCCUCCUCGUCGCCCCCACGCUCAGCGCCCAGCUCUGACAGCUCCCCCAGUUUUGUGCGACGGCACCACCGGGCUGAGCCACACAGCGAAGAUGACAGUCGAGAUGCCAGUCCCUCUGAACCGGCCAGUCCUACUACUGGCCUGGACAAGAAAACUCGUCGAAAAUUUUUGGAUUUGGGGGUUACGCUGCGCAGGGCAUCAACAGGUAAAAGCAGGAAGGAGAAAGGGAGCAACCGACUGUCCAUGGGCAGCAGGGAGUCAGUGGAAGGCUCUGGCCGAACAGGUGGUUCCCCAUUCCUGCCCUUCUCCUGGUUCACAGAUAGCAGCAAAGGUUCUGCUUCUUCUGGGAGCACUGCCUCCCCAGCCUGCUCUCCCAAGCAUGAAGGCUUCAGUCCCAAGAAGUCAGCUUCUCAGGAAUCCACCCUGAGUGACGAUGACUCCACACCCCCCAGCAGUAGCCCUAAGAUACUGAGCAGCUCCCGACCAGAUCCCAAGUGCUCCUAUCCUUACCACACACUAUCCCAGUCCUCUGAUGAGUUCCUGGAUGAGCCACUUCCAACUGCCAACCACUGGACUAGUCAACAAGUGGGCCAGUGGCUAGAGAGUCUCAACUUGGAUCAGUACACUGCUGAGUUUGCAGCUAGACAAGUGGAUGGACAGCAGCUGUUGCAACUGGAUGGGGGGAAAUUGAAGAGCCUGGGGCUCAGCAACUCCCAUGACCGGGCACUGGUGAAACGGAAGCUAAAGGAGUUGGUGGCAGCAGCUGAGAAGGAGAGAAAGGCUCAGGAGAAGGCUGAACGGCAGCGAGAGAAACAGAAGCGCAAAGAGGCCGAGGCUCGAAAAAGCUAGAGGCUCCCAGGCUAGGAGCACAGACCAUGCAUGACUCCCUGACUGCUGGGGCAGGGGACCCCUCACACUCUACUUCCCCCAGCCCAGGGCGAGGGAGGAGGAACUACAGGACCUCUGGAAGAAAGGGGGAAUGAAGGAGUGAAAGCUUGGACCAGCCCCAAAGUCUCACCCCUUAGGGGCACACAUUCCCAUCCAGACCCCUCUCAGUACCCCUGUCCAAACCCCAAGAAGGGGCCCCACUGACUAAAAGGGGGUUCUCUGGGGAAGACACAGAAGAAUAAAUCCUAUUUCAAAGACA